UGUUUUCUUCUUUAUUAAAUUAUUAGGCCGACGAAUUGCCAGCGGAACAAAUUGCAGUUUUACGCAAAGCUUUUGACAGCUUCGACCGAGACAAGAGUGGAAGCAUCCCCACUGAUAUGGUGGCCGAUAUCUUGAGAUUGAUGGGGCAGCCGUUUAACAAAAAAAUUCUAGAUGAAUUGAUCGACGAAGUUGAUGCCGACAAGUCCGGGAGGUUGGAAUUCGAUGAAUUCGUUACACUUGCGGCUAAAUUUAUCGUUGAAGAAGAUGCUGAAGCUUUAGAGAAAGAACUUCGUGAAGCUUUCCGACUGUAUGACAAAGAAGGAAAUGGGUACAUACCAACAACAUGCUUGCGUGAAAUUUUGAGGGAGCUGGAUGACCAACUGACUGAUGAAGAACUAGAUAUCAUGAUUGAAGAAAUUGAUUCUGAUGGCUCUGGAACUGUUGACUUUGAUGGUAUGUUUUAA